AUCGGAGUGUGCGGUGACCGAGUGCGCAGUCGUUGGAUGCGUUGUCAGAAUUCUUGUGCCAUUCCUGGCAUUCCUAACGAAGAGUCGCUCGUCGAAAUAUCGCCCGAAAAUUCGUGCUAACUGCGGAAAUCGGCUGCCCAGGUAGCGCAUUUCGUCAGCGGAGUGUUUAGGUGCUAACCGGCAAAAUUUCGUCACCGUGGACACCGUCGAGCUCCGGACCCCCAGCCGACACUAAUGGCUCGGGUUCGGAGUCAAAACUGGACGUGGGUGAUCUCAGCGAUGAUGACAAGGAUAUGUCCGCAUCGGACGCAGAGGGUGUUUGGAGUCCAGACAUUGAGCAGAGCUUCCAAGAAGCUCUGGCCAUCUACCCUCCCUGUGGUCGCCGCAAGAUCAUCCUGUCUGACGAGGGAAAGAUGUAUGGACGCAAUGAGCUGAUCGCCCGGUACAUCAAAUUACGGACAGGAAAGACGCGCACAAGAAAACAAGUCAGCUCGCACAUCCAAGUUCUCGCGAGGCGAAAACUACGUGAAAUUCAAGCCAAGCUCAAGUUUUGGCAGCCUGGUCUCCAGCCCGGCACCUCUCAAGAUGUCAAGCCGUUCACGCAGUCCGUCUACGGAGUUAGCGGGCCUGGAAAGGCCGCCUCGGGGGUCUCGGACAUUGGUCUCUUAUCCUCGCAAGGGCAGGUGCACACAUCGCCGCCCUGGGAGGGUCGUGCCAUCGCGACGCAGAAACUGCGCCUCAUUGAGUUCUCAGCUUUUAUGGAGCAGCAACAAGAUCAAGACACAUAUCACAAACACUUGUUUGUACACAUCGGAGGAACGGUCAGUUACAAUGAUCCCCUGCUAGAAGCGAUAGACGUUCGGCAAAUCUACGAUAAGUUCCCUGAAAAGAAGGGCGGCUUGAAAGAGCUCUACGAGAAAGGCCCCACUAACGCUUUCUUCCUGGUGAAAUUCUGGGCUGACCUGAACUCCAACAUCCAAGAUGAAGCAGCAGCUUUUUACGGAGUAUCAAGCCAAUACGAAAGCAAUGAGAACAUGACAAUAGCGUGCUCCACCAAAGUGUGCUCGUUCAGCAAACAAGUCGUGGAAAAGGUGGAGAAGGAGUACGCCAGGUUUGAGAAUGGACGCUUCGUGUAUCGCAUCCCAAGAUCGCCAAUGUGCGAGUACAUGAUCAACUUCAUCCACAAGCUCAAACACCUGCCCGAAAAGUACAUGAUGAAUAGUGUGCUUGAAAACUUCACUAUUCUUCAGGUUGUCACAAACUACGAAACCCAAGAGACCUUACUAUGUAUAGCGUACGUGUUUGAAGUGUCGACCUCUGAGCAUGGAGCCCAGCACCACAUUUACAGGUUGGUCCAAGAUUAGCCAGCCGCCACACCAGCCAGCCACUACAGUGCCUAGUGACUGCCCCAGACCUCAGAUGCCGCAAAACAUAAUAAUUAUUGAAUGAUUAUUACUUGAUCUCUUGCUAAGUCAAAUAUAAAAUACCUUCAGGGCAAAACAAAAUUAUCAAAUAUGCCAACCUCGGCAGCUCGAAGAGGAUUUUAUUGAGUUUGUUCGGCCUCUCCAUUGUUCUGGCUCAGCAGAUGAAAAGUUCAUUUUGUACGUGUUGCGUUUUAUACUUGAAACAACAAUUUGAGUUCUACGCGCUACAACGCCUAGUGUGUCUCCCAUCUUGACAAGUUUUCGUAUUCAACUUGAAAGUGCAAACCUGCUUUGCCGUUUCAUUGACAGGAAGAUGACAAAAUCGUACAUUUUUGGCCAUAUCUUGAUUGCCAUAUCACCUUGUACUUAAAAGUGUUGAAUACUUGUGUGUGAAUACAUAGCACUUUGUUUCCUGGUGGGGAAACGUUCUCUGCACAUACAUUUCUUUUCCUCUCUACACAGAAGCAAAAAGUGACCAGUAAUUCGCAACUACCUGAUGCAUCUCAGUUUGAGUUCUGUAUUGUUUUCACUAGAUCGAUUAGGAGAGCAUUUUUUGACACGGCCGACUGUCCAUGCAAGUGAUCGGUCCCUAAAUAUUAGAAGAAAAAUGAUGUUUGGUUCCGCAUUGAAAACACUGUCUAGCACUUGUUCAGAACUCUGCUGCCCUACUGGAAACCGACAUGACGCUUUCUCUGGAACAUUUUUUUCUAAUCGUAUUCUUGUAAAUGAUCUCAAUUGGCUACGUCCAGCCGUAUUUGCGAGUCAUACAAAUUUUGGUAGCUAGAAAUUUGAUUGUUCGGGAGCGUUUUGCCCGUCAUUAGUCGCGCGUGUUUGCUUACUGCCAACUCUCAUCAGAUCUUCAGUAAUUUGUUCCUUUUUAUUUACAAAGUUUCAGAGCGAGUCGAAGCGUAGCAGAGUUGACGUCGAUAAAAGUGCCUUUUGGAUUUAAUGAAAUGAUCGAAACAUGACUGAUUCAUAUCGUUUGCUUUAAAAGUGUCAUGCGACGAAGAAUAGUUUAGGGUUUCACAUCAUUUGCCCUCGAUCUUCUAUAUAUUCACGAUUGAAAAAGAUAGCUCUUGAUUCUCUCUCUCUCUCUCUCUCUCUCUCUCUCUCUCCCACUCUCUUUAACCUAAUCUGUGCAACAGGCUAUAAACCACCCUUCGCAUCAAUUGUAAAUAUCGAAAGUAACCCAGAAGUAGUUCAUAUUCGUCACUUGCGUAGUACAUAAUAUACAUAUAUAUUUAUACAUCUCAGCAGCAGCAAAAGUCUUUUAAUGCGUGCAGAUUGGAUAUUUGAUGUUGACACAUUUUUGCCCUCUCAAAACGAUGAUCUUGGUAUUAAAAGUAAUUAUUGUUAUUUAAUUUGUACACUAGAUUGGAGUAGAGGUUUUAAAAUUUGAAGCACACACAAAAACAUAAUAACGUUGGAUAAAUAGUUCAUGUUGUGUAUUCAUUUUAAGCAAGUGUAAAAACUAUUAGAUCGAUGUUCACUUUGCAACUCUUUAAGAUAAACCGAAUGUGUACCAUAGUGUGAAGAUAAUAAUUUGCGAUUGAAUUUUGAUUUUGUUGUGAUAGAGAAAGAAAUCUGAUCAAGAUUCCCAACUACCAUUAUCUUUUAUCAUUUUGUUUUCUGUUUUCUAUGAAGAGGGAUGAUCCUUCUCAUUUUAUUCUGAAAUUCUAUUUUAAUUUCCUUUUUUUAACCAAUUAACAAACAAAAAAUAUUUUUAUUGCUUUUGACGGACCUUCAAAUGUCGGUCGCGACAGAGCGGACAAUUAUUUACUUUGUAGACACCUUCUUUCUUCAGUUCUCUUCCUUUCCACACCGUUAAUGAUAGGUUUUGAUUUUUUUGUUGCAACUGCUGCCAUUCUGUCUAAAUUAAUCAAGAGAUGUUGUCUAUGUUUUAUGUAAUUGAUGAGAAACAUGAUUAAAAAUGAAGAGACAAAGUUCGUUCGUGGCAUUGAUUUUGAGUAGCUCUAACUUUAAUUUAUUGAUGUCUAACUGGAGAGCGAUUUAUAAUAGCUGCAUCAAAUUGUUGAGUACACAUACCACACACACACACACACAGCAUAAUAUCGUGUCUGAACUUAAUCAUCGUGCAAUGCGUGUUGCUAUUUUACAAUUUUCAAACACACAAGAGUAGCUGUUACACACCAUUCAUUGGCAAAAACCGGAAAUGUGCAUAAAGCGACCAGCGAGAGUGAUUUCUGUUGUCAGACGCCCACCUUAAUUUUUGCUUUUUGUGCCCUCAUUCAGUGUUGCUUUCGCCUCUUUUACUUUUUAAGACCGGCUUUAAGCAUUAUAGAAAUAGUAAGAUACUCACAGAAUAAUGUUUCGUAAAUAUGCUAAUUAGUCUAAAAUAUAUUUUAUUUUGUACCAAG